AUUUUUAGUUAUCGAUUUCGCGAAUGAUCUUUUAUUUUGAAACAACAGUUAAAGUGGUGCCUCAAAGAAUUAACCGAGACUCAAAGCAAUCAAUUUAUUAAAUGAAAACAGGCGAAGUGGCAAGUGGUCGCGCGAGCAUUGCGACAAUGGAGACAAGUGACGAGAGUGUGUCAAAGCAAGGUAGCAGGAAGAAACGCGGCCGUCCGAGAAAAAAGACAAGCGCCGUGAGCGCCGCGAACGCAGCGAACGCAGCGACCAAGACGGCGACGACGACGUCGACGUCGGUGACGUCGACGACGACGAGACGCAGGAGCGCGCUGAGAAAAGAGGCAGCGCCGGCGACGAGCGCGGAAGAGAAGAGGCAAGAGCCGACUAAAAGAGUGAACGAGCUGAUCAGCGAAGAGGAGAGGCGUAAGAUCGAGACUUACUACUAUCUGGAUCUGAGCUUCGUGGACAAGCGCAAAGUGAAGAAGGCCAUCUCGGUGGGCGGCGACAAGACAUACCGCUGCAAGCUCUGCCAGAGCGCCUAUCCACGCCUGGACAAGUGUCAAGUGCACGUGUGGCGCCACUUCGACAUGCUGCCGUACGUGUGCCACGCGUGCGACUUCAAGACGUUGACGGUGACGAGCAUCCGCGGCCACGUGCGCAAGUUCCACCUGAAGCUCAAGCCCUUCAAGUGCGAGCAGUGCGACAAGCGCUACUCGGUGGCGGUGCUGCUCAAGGAGCACAUGCUCGCACACUCGAGCGCGCAGCCGUAUCGCUGCGACUACUGCGACUUCGGCUGCCUGAACAAGCGCGUGCUCGUGGCCCACCUGACCAAGCACAAGGCCGAGAAGGACGUGCUGUGCGACAUCUGCGGCCGUGGCUUCUAUUCGACCAAAAAGAUGCGCGCCCACCGCAACACCCACGAGGAGUCCAACGCGAUCAAGUGCGACAUCUGCUUGGCCUACGUCAGCACGGAGAAGGCGCUGCGCCGCCACCACGCCAAUGUGCACACCAAAGACUACGUCUGCGAGGUCUGCGCCAAGAGAUGCACCACCAGGAAGGCCCUGCACAACCACGUAUACCAAGUGCACUCGGACGGCAGGCACCAGUGUCCCAUCUGCCCGAACGUCUACAAGAACGGAUCGAUGCUGCAGGAUCACAUUCUCAAGCACCAGGGCAUCCGCAAGUACAAGUGCGAGAUCUGCGCUAAGACCUUCGCCCAGAGGACCCACCUCACCACGCACAUGGCCGUGCACGACGAGAAACGACACAAGUGUCCCGGCUGUCAUAAAGGCUUCAACAGACAGGACAACAUGAAGGUGCAUACCCGCAACUGCGCCAAAUUCCAGGCAGACCCCGACCUCGCCAAGCUCUUGCCCACCAGAAGAUACAAAGCUGCGGCCGCUCGCAAAACUUCGGCCGAGCCCAUCAUGAAGGACGCCGAGACUGUUAACAUCACCAUCAAAGUUGAGCCAACGCUCGAUCCCGAUGUCGACAUCAAAGUCGAACCGGCGGACGAUGACGAGACGGAAUAGAACGACCAACCUCUAGAUUAUACCUUUUCUUUGUCUUUUUUCUUCCUUUCUUUUUAAUUGUCAUUUUUUUUUUGAGAAAUAUUACGUUGAUUUAUUUUUUGAAAUUGUUGAAUUUUUGAUCUUUUGACUUGACUCGUAUUAAUCUUGCUAGGAAAUUUCAAUUGUAGAUUUUUUAUGUGCCUGCGAAUUAUACCUCUUAAUGAGUAAAUUUUAUAAAAAAGACUUGUACUGACGAAGCGAUGAAGUUUACGAAGAUUUAUACUAACCAAGCAAUGAAUAUCGCACUAUUUUUAGAAGAAUAAUGAUUUUACAAACGCAUAGCUUUUUCAAAGCUAUUAUUUUUCAUACGUUUGACAAUUGUAUUUUUAUCCAACUUGUUGUAAUUGAGCCCUCGUGCCUUUAACAAUUGUAAACAAUUGUAAACAAUUGUAAGCCUUC